CAGCUGACGAACGCAAGAUAAAGCGGCGGAUGCAAACCGAAAACCAGGAGAAAUUAUUCCGUGUUAGCCAAGAACUGCUGAAAACGGUGGACAUCACAAUAGACAUGUAUGUAGUGCCUUGACCGAUAAAAAUAAUAAGGAUGAUGUAUGGAAUUCACUUUCAGCAAACAGACGCUUUCGCUACAUGUAUCUCAAUUUCAAACCCUUGGGAUUGUGGACACUGGAGCUUGUGAGCAACAACUUUGCUUGGCACUCUCUGACUUGAUCUAACUGUGGCUGGAGUAGCUAUGAAGCCAUCUACACCAACGCGUAUGUCAAACCUAGUAGCUAGCUUCUAGAUAGCAUCCUAGUAAACAAGAAUGUCGAGGCCAGACUACUAGUAGGGGAGCAUUGGUUGGGUUCCUUUUUGUAAAAUUUAAAACACGAGGACGAGAAUUUAGGGCCCAGGGUUUGGCAGCAAGUUUUGCCCAUUUCUGAGGAAAAGAAGAGAAAGGAAGGUGGGAGAACUUUGGUUUGACCUGUGCAAAAUUCUGAGAGGACGAGCGACAAAACUCCAGUGACCGGUGUCUGCUGUCGUCAUCCGGCCCACAACCAUCAUCAACUGCUCCCGGCUUUGCCAUUUCUUUUUGUAGAACGAUCAACAGACCUCACUUAGUUGGAAGAGUAGACAAGACUACUUUUAGACCAACAGAGAAGAAGAGACGUUUAAUCCAUAAAGCGAUUGAUUGCCUUGACUCUCAGACGUGACUCUACUUGCAUUUCGGCGGUGCGCAGAGCGGCGAACAGUAACCCAGGACCGUUGUCAUUUGCCAACAACGAGCUCACGACACAAUACAAGACCACCAAUCAGCAUAUUUCCAAUUUCCCACUAACUUACUAACAAAGAAAGAGUGACAGACCAUGUGGGGCGGAUUCGGAGGAAUGGGCGGAGCAGGCUUUGGCCGAAGUCAUCGCUUUGAAGAACAGUAUCAUUGCUAUAGUGUGUCAUUCGCGGACAAGGCGCAUUUGGAGAAAGGAGACAAGAUUCUGUUGCCGCCGUCGGCAUUUGACACAUUGGCUCGUCUGAAUGUGGACUAUCCCAUGUUGUUUCGUCUGAGCGCCGAGACCAACCAGACCACUCACUGUGGUGUCUUGGAAUUUACAGCGGAAGAAGGGUCCUGCUACAUUCCCUACUGGAUGAUGCAGAACCUACUCAUCCAAGAAGGAGACGUCAUCACCGUCGCUAAUGUCAGUCUCCCCAAAGCAACCAUGAUCAAACUCAAACCUCAGCAUGUCGAUUUCCUUGACAUUUCCAAUCCAAAAGCGGUUCUCGAAUUUGCGCUCCGAAACUAUACCUGUGUCACCAAGGGAGACGUCAUCCAAAUCCCCUACAACAACAAGAAUUACCAAUUCGAAUUGCGCGAAGUAAAACCGCAAGAUGCCGCUUGUAUCGUCGAAACGGACUGUAACUUGGAAUUUGACGCACCCGUUGGAUACAAAGAGCCCGCACCCAGUUCCAUGGGGUCGGCCGCUUCUUCACUCAAACCAGAUGGACCACGGUCCGAAUGCCCCAGUCCCACCACGGCGUCUUCGGCGUCCUCCGUCACCGACAUGGGAGACGACAACAAUAAUACAAACAACGACAGUCCCACUGGAAUUCGAAUUGUCAAUGGAAAAAUUAUUCGACCCGACGAAGCUGCCGCAAACGGAGGACCCACCACAUCCAUGAUGGCCACCAAGUCGGGUGAAACCGGCGUACAACCCAAUGCCGCCAUUCCGGAAAAGGCACCCGAAGUAGAUUAUUGGGCCGUCAAUGUAGGUGCCGGACAAGGUGCCCGCUUGGAUGGGAAAAAACCCGCCGAACUACAAGAUGCACAAGGCAAUGUGGUGGACGUGCGAAAAUUACGGGCCGAAGCUGCGGCACGACGCGCUGCAGAAGCGGCUGCGGCCGGAAGUGCCAUGGCUAGUACGGCGGGAAAACCAUUGCCGGUGAAUCCGUCGCACCGGCGGCACCCGCCACGACCGUUGCCAAAUCCAAACGCAAAAACCGCGUCGGGAACAAAUUUUCGCGGUUAAAGGGAACGGGUGUGGCCUUUCAGGGGUCGGCAAACUCCAUGAAAGAAUAAGAAGAAAAAGAAGGACGCAAAAUAAACGCAGAGAACGAACCACACAACAACACGCUGCAACAAUAUACAUACGACUGACUGACUGAUCUUUUGAUGAAUGCAUUUCCCCAGCGCAUUCGUUACCCAAAAAUGAGACUCCAUACCUCGCAAUCCACAUUUCCCAAUGCAAAAUAGGGGCUUGUGCGUUGUGUGCCAAGCUGCCAUUCGAAUUGGGAAAAGAAGUAAUUGAAUUACUACUACUGCAUAAUUUUUUAGGUAUUGGUAUCUUUCUUUCGAAUCAUUCAAACGGUAUGGUUUUACCGUAUCAGCGGCGGUGCCGUGACAGGUCAUUAUUUGGAGCACCCCAUCUUUCGGGCUCAGGCCAAAAACCCACGACAAGGGCAUCCGGUGGAGUUCGCCCUUUCUUGGGACGGCCGGGGUUGUUGUCCCGAGUUCGGCUUGGCCCAUUUGCUAAGGCCAUGCAAAGCUCGAAUGUGGUGACCGGAAGGACCUGUCGCGGCAAGUAAGCUAUUUUUCUUGAUGCUGACGCGUCCACACAUAGCCCUAAGGAAUGCAGCUACCGGUAUGGGGACAAAGGUGGAUCACAGUAGUAGGUAGGAGCCCAAACACAAACACACCACAAGAACGUAGACUAGUUUCCAGCUUCUGGCACAAGUAGCUAUACUAUUCCAGACAGAAAUGCCAUGAUAU